AUGAUAUAAGAUGAAGUAGUUGAAAUGAAAUGCAUUAAAAAUGAUCAUAAGGGUUGUUAAAUCGUUGCUGUUGACCUUUCAGAAGAAUUAAAUUAAUAAAAUCAUCACAAGAAAUAUUAUUGUGUUAAAUGUUUAAUUGAAAAAAUUGGUAUACAAAAGAUUGUUCAAUAUGAUGAUGAAACACAAAAUAAGGCUAAAUCUGAAGAGUUAAGAAAGAAUGCAGUUUAACAAUAUUAAUAAAUGUUAGAGAAAAAUUAAAAACUAAUAUUAGCAGUCAAAUCAAUAGAGCAAAUUGGUUUAACACAAUUUGAAGAUUUAAAGAAAUAGUUAGAAAUACAAAUUAAUAAUUAAUAGGAAAAAUUGAAAUAAAUUAUAGAAGUUACCACUACAAACCAAGAUCUAGAGCUUGUUUCAGGUUUUUAUUAAGAGGAUGGUGGGCUUGCAAGACAUUCCCCAAUAAUAGAUUAUACUAAAAUUACCGAUUCCAUAAUCUAAUUAUAAACAUUAUUAUCAUAAUUAGAAAAUUUUGAAAAAUUAAAAGAAGCAGACCAAGAGAUAAUGACAUUUGAAUCGCAAUGCUAAAAUGAUUUACUUAUUGAUGAAAAAAUAAAAGUAAGUAUAUAAUUUACUUUAGAAAACACCAGCUUUAAAUUUUCCGUGUGAAAAUCAUAAAAUGGAGAUUAUUAUGUUUAAUUUAAAUCAAACAGAUUUAGAAUAAACAAACCCUUUUUUGUGUGUUGAAUGCACAUAAGAUCUUAUAACAAGAGGUAAUAAGGCUGUUGCUAAUACGAUAUCAUUGAAGAAGGCUGAUGAAAAAUGGAAUGAAUACAUUAAAGAUUAAACUGAAAAAAGAUUAUAAAGGUAAUCAAUACUUUAUUUGGCUAUUGGAUUCAUUACUAAAUUAAAAGAAAAGUAUAAUUAAGAAUUGAAUAAGAUGAUUUAAUCCUUCGAUGACCAAUUAAAUAAAUCCCCUAAAGAAUAUGAAUAAUUAAUAAAGUUGAAAAACACUCGAUUCUUGAAGUAAGAUAAACAAAGCCUUCAUGAAAUUAUUAAAAUUCUUAGUUAGAAUGAGUAAUCAAAAAAAUAAGAAUAAAUUCCAAAUUAAGAAGAUUCGUAAUUGCUCAAUAAUUAAAAAAAAGUAUUAGGAGAAUUAAUUAAAGAAAACUUAAUCAGCUCUAGAACCAUCAUUUAUGAAUAUUAAUUUAUUUUGGAAAAUUUUUCAUCAACAAUUAUCUAUAAAAAAUAUUCUUCAUUUUAUUUGUGUUCUAAAGAAUAAUUAUUGUGUAAGUUUAUUCUCGUCUAAUAAAUGAUUUUCUUAAAUACUUUAUGGACACAUAUAUAAAAAAUUCACAAAAUUAAAAAAAUAGAAAAACUAAAUUAUAAGUUCUAAUAUGACAGAAUUGCAAAAUCACCAUAAAAACUGCUUUCUAUUUGA